CGUCAGUACCUGACUUGCAACAUGACCGUCAACGCCAGCUUCUAUGGACAAGGUCAAGCCAUGCGUAACAAUAUGUCAUUGCUGCCCGAAUUGAUCAACAGUGGCAUGCGUCUGCUGGCACAUGCUGGGAACACAGGUUCGUGGGAUCCCCUCUCGCACUAUGGAAUUGAGCGCUGGAUGCAGAGGCUUGAGCACAACUUCCAUACGCAAUUUGCGAAAUCGCCUUCAAUCCGGUGGACUACCAUGGAGUCUGGAAGAUAUAGGCGUGGAGGUACAGAUCGCUGUUUCGAGGUGCUGAAAACGGAAAACGUCACUUUUGUUCAGGUGUACGACGCUAGGUAUGAUUCGGCAUUCUUCCAACCUGGACGAUAA